AAGAGUACUCAGAAAAAUUCAAAAGAUAAUGUUAAAAAUUCUGAUUUGCAUCCUUCAAAAAAUGUUGCUAAUAAUGAACAACCUUCAAAACCGACGCAAUCUUCUAAGAGUUCCUCAAAAAAUGGUACUAAAGAAUCUAAUAAUGAGCAACCUCCGAAACAGACGCAGCCUUCUAAGAGUUCUCCAAAAAAUGGUGAUGAAAAAUCUAAUGUACAAUCUCCCCAAGUUUCUGAGAAGAGUACCUCAGAACAGACACAAAUUUCUCAGAAAUAUUCAAAAGAUAAUACUAAAGCACCUGAUAAAAUAUCUCAAAAACCGACACCCACUUUUCAGAAAGGUUCGUCACAAAAUAAUGCUAAAGAGUCUCCAAAACCAACACCCGCUUUACCAUUACAAAAUGAUAUUGAUAAACUAUCUCUAAAACCAACACACACUCAAAAUGAUGCUAAACCAUCUUUUGAGAAAGAUCUAAAACAAACACCCACUUCGUCUCAAAAUGAUGUUGUUAAUCAGAAACCAAAACCAACACCCACUUUACGGAAAGGAGAUGAUGCUAAAAUAUCCGAUAAACUACCUCUAAAACCAACAUCCAUUCAAAAUGAUGCUAAGCCAUCUUUUGAGAAGGGUUUAAAACAAACACCCACUUCGUCUCAAAAUGAUGUUGUUAAUCAGAUUCCAAAUCCGACACCCACUUAUCCUAAAAGUUCGUCGCCUAAAAUAUCCGAUAAACUACCUCUAAAACCAACACUCGCUCAAAAUAAUGCUAAGCCAUCUUUUGAGAAGAGUUUAAAACAAACACCCACUUCGUCUCAAAAUGAUUUUGUUAAUCAUAUUUCAAAUCCGACACCCACUUAUCUGAAAGGUUCGUCGCCUACAACAUCCGAUAAACUACCUCUAAAACCAACACCCGUUCAAAAUGGUGUUCAAAAAUCAAUAUCAUCUGUUGAGCAGGCUUCAUCAAGGACGACACCUUUAGCUACACCUGAUGCAGUUGCAACGAAACCAUUAAAUAAAAUAGCUACUUUGUUAUCAUCAACGACGAUACCAUCACCACAGAAGAAUGAAGCAAAUACUAUGAAUACUAAAGCAACUAGUUUACCAGGAGCGACACCCUAUAUUGACUCAUCUAAGACAGCAUUAGAUAAAUCGCAGUCAUCAUCGGCGACAACUAAACCACCUUCAAUUGAUGCAACAAAUACGCCGCAUUUACCUGAUGCAGCUGCGGAGAAAACAUUAAAUAAAGCAACUACUUUGUCACCAUCAACGACGAGACCACCACGGGAGAAUGAUGCAAUUCCUUCGUCAUCUUUGACUACUACAUCAAAGACGGCACCUUAUAUUGACUCAUAUGCAAAGACAGCAUUAACUAAAACAACUACACCAACGGGGGCACCUUAUCUUGACUCGUUUACUGGAAAAACAAAACCAACUACUUCAGCGACAGCAAAUGCACCACUUGAUGCAAUUAUUACACCGCAAUCAAUGACAACAACUAAGACACAUUUGGAUGAAAUAGCGCUUGUAACUAAAUCAAAUACUUUAACAGCUACUUCAACAACGAUGAAUAACGCUAUAGGACCUAUUUUUCCAAUUCCUCGUGGCAGCACAACUGCCGAAUUACCAACUCCAAGUACUACACCAAAUCCUGAAAAAAUAACGGACUAUCAAUCAACAACGCGUACUAAAUCGCCUCGUCCCACAACCAAAGAUGAUGAUGAUGAUAAUACAGAUGAAGCACCUCCAAAAAAAACUGCUCAUAAAGAUAAGCCUUAUAUUCCUGUAAUAACUGGUUCGCUUCCUAUAGCUCCUAUGGCGACAGAACCUGCGAAAAAUACUGCUCCGCCAGAUGACAACUUACCUUCUGUUAUUGUUACCUCAACUGAUCCCUCCAGUUACUCACAACCGAACACUAGUCGUUUUACCAUAAAGAUAAACUUAUUGUGGCCUUCGGUUGUAAAUGACCCCGAAUAUCCUCCGAUACUGUGCAAUGUGUUACCAAAUAAUAUAGCGGAUUUCUUCGAUAUCUCGUCAAAUAAAAUAAAUGUAACUCAAUUAAAACGUGCGCCAGAUGAUAAUACUUGUUUGGCGGAUGUGGUAGUUGCAACAUCGAACGGUGAUGAAAUUAUAAAGACUUUAAGUAAUCCUUCCAGCAAAUUUUAUACUGGUGUGUCAGAAAAUCAAAAAAUAGUCAAUAAGUUAGUGAAUCCUAAGUUUCCCAUGGCUUUACAAGCGAAUUCAGCAGAAAACGCCCAAACAGCUGAUCAGAAUUUCAAUACUUCAUCCAAAUCUUCAUCGGGGACUAGUAGUCCUCUUGGAGCAAUUGUUGUUGUAGCAGUGGUUGGAUCUACAUUAUUGUAUGCUGGAUUAACUGCACUUGUGGUUCGAGCUUAUAAGAGAAAUAAAAAUAGGGAAUCUGCAAUCAGACAGGAUUC